AUGGAUAGACAAGUUGAUGUGUUAUUAUUAGACAAAUUGUCAUUAGUUGACAAUACAGAAAAUGAAAAUAAAAUAGAAAAAGCAAUUAAACAAUACUUAAUUGACAUUAAUAAUGAAAUGUCAUUAUUAAUAAAUGAAUCUUUAAAAACAAAACAUGCCAAGAUAUCAGAAGAAAAAAUUAAUCAAGCUGAUCAGAAUUUUAUCACGGUUGCAAUAUCUUCAGUGAUUGAAAUAUACACUCAAGCAAUUGCAUAUGCGCCUAAUAAUGACGAUUCACGUCAACUGGCAAUUGCUUACGGAAGCCGAUCCGCAGCGUUAUCUUAUGCUAAAUUAUACCAAGACUCAUUAAACGACAUUGAACGUGCAUUAAAACUCGAUUUUCCCAAUAAUUUACGUGCUAGAUUGUACGUACGUAAAGUUAAAAAUUUAUUGGCACUUGAUCCGCGAAUCCGGCCAGAUGUAAAAGAUGCACUAGCUCAAACAAAUUACUGGUUAACACAAAUGGAUGAUACUAACAAAAAAAUAGUUCAAAGUAUAUUAAAUAAACUCAAUCAACGUAAUUAUUCUGAUAUUUCUUACAAAAAAUGGGAUUCAAGUAUUUUUUUGCCCCAACCUCCUAUAGAUAAUCCUAAAAUAUUACGGACCUCGAGUGCUGUGAGCCUAAAGUAUUCUGAAACUUACGGCAGGCAUAUUAUAGCGACCAGAGAUAUAAAAGCUUGCGAAACCUUGUUGGUUCACAAAACUUACGCUUCUAUUUUACACAUUGAAAAUCUCUACAAGUACUGUUGGUAUUGUUCAAAACGUACUUGGUCAAGUGUACCAUGUACUCAGUGUUUCAAUGUUAUUUUUUGCGAUGAACAUUGCCGAGAUGCUGCUUGGAACGAUUAUCAUGAUUUGGAAUGUCCGGUUAUCAAUGCAAUGUCUGAUGAUAAAUUUAAUUCCGUAUUUAUUAUGGGUCUCAGAUUGACUAUUAAAGGAUACAAAGAAGCUGGAUCUUUGGAGAAUUUAAAAAAAAAUAUUGAAUAUAUUGAUUCAAUAUCUGAUCCAAUAACUAGAGGUUUUACUGGAGAUGUUUUUGAUGAUUCAAAGUAUGCAAGCGUUUACACCUUGAAUAUCAUCAAUACGACAAACAAUUCUUCAACACAUUGUUUAAUAAAAAAAUCUACUGAGAUUUUGUGGUUUUUAAUUAAAAAAACUAAAAUGUUUGACGAUAAAAUUGAAGAUGAAAAUUUUACGGAUAAUAAGUGGGUUACUUUUAUGGGAGAGUUAAUUUUUAAACAUGUUGAAAUAAGUAGAUCUAAUGCUAUACAACUCAGAGUUAAACGUAAUUCAGAUAAGUUUAUUCCAUACUGUGACGUAUUGAUGCCUUUCUUCAGUCUAUUUAAUCACAGUUGUGAUCCAAAUGCCCACAAAUUUUCAUCAGGGAAUACAAAUGUUGUUUUUUCAUCUCGCGUAAUAAAAAAAGGCGAGCAAAUAACCAUUAGUUAUGGCCCCAGAUUUCAAAAUUUAUCAACCGCAGAACGACAGCAGCACUUACAGGUUCACAAUUUUUCUUGCGCGUGUGUCGCUUGCUCCAAUAACUGGGGACCAGAUUUUCGUUUGCCAUCUUUCCAGGCACAAUCAUUGCCGGUUGAAAUUGAGAACAAGCUAAUGACUUCUUCCAGUUCUCAGUUUACAAAAAUGGAUUUAGAGAGUUUAACAAGGAGCUUAGACAAUUGUACCGUGAAAAAAUUUUCUGAAAUUAAUUUCAAAGACGAAUCAGAAAUGAUGUCUUAUAUAUUACAUCUCGUGGAAUUAGAUAAAAGUAUUUUGAAAUAUGCUACAAAAAGUAACGAAGAGGCAAAUAAAUUGUUAGCUGAAGCUAAAGAACAAAUUAAUAAAAAAAUGUCUCCAUGGUAUUCUGUAAUUGAAAUUUACACAAAAGCAAUGGCUUACGCAGAGCCAAAUUCACCAGAAUUGGCUAAAGCGUACGCGAACCGCUCUGCGACAUUUUGUAAUGAAGGCCUUUAUGAAGAUUGUCUUUUAGAUAUCGCAAAAGCAUUAGCAUUAGGUUAUCCUGAUGAAUUAAAAGCAAAGCUCUACUUUCGUCGUGUUAAAGCAUUGUGGGGAGUAGAACAAACAGUACGACCUGAGCUUAAAGAGGCAAUGAGCCAAACUCGCCAGUGGAUUGGAAAAUUAUCCAAGGAGAGUGAAAAAGCUACCAUAAAACGAUUGUUGAAAGAUUUUAAAAAGUAUUCUUACAAGCCAUUUGAUAAAAAUACGAUUUGUUUAACAAAUUAUUUACCAAAAACACCCAAAAGUAAUCCCUUGAUCAAAGGAGCUUCUGAUGCCAUAAAGCUUAAUUAUUCAGAGAUAUACGGACGACAUUUUUUAGCCGCUAAAGAUAUAAAAGUCGGCGAAGUUAUUCUUGUUCAAAAAGCUUAUGUGUCAGUCCACAAUCGCGAUUAUAUGUACUCAUACUGUUGGAAUUGUUCGCAAAAGACUUAUUCCAGUAUUCCAUGUAAAAAAUGUACAAAGGUCAUUUUUUGUAAUGAGGCUUGUCGUGAAGCCGCUUGGAAUAAAUUCCAUGACAUUGAAUGCGAAAUCUUGGCUUCACUUUCCAUGGAUAAGUUUGCUUGUUUGAAUACAUUUGAGGGUGUUAUUGUUAAAGAUAAAACAAAGUACAAUAGAAGUAAAUUACUGGGUUCUAUUGUCAGUUAUUUUAAUCACAGUUGUGAUGACAAUAUCUCUUAUAACCAAUGCGCUGAUAAAUUGGUAUUUCGUGCUUCUAGAAAUAUUAAAAAAGAUGAACAACUAUUUAUAACUUAUGGGCCCCUUUUUCAAGCGAAUCCGAUCAAGGAACGACGUGAAAAACUUGAAUCGCAGUACAAUUUUCAGUGUAAUUGCAUUCCUUGUUCUAAAAAUUGGAGUCCAGACUUGGUUAUUUCCACUUGGAUGGAUCAGGCAUUACUAAUUGAUCGAAGAUACAAAGUAAUGGCGGUUUAUCAAAAGUACUCACACUUUUUUCAAACGGCUACUGAGAAAGAAAUCGAUGAUAAAAUGAAUUUCGAUCCUGCAUUCAUUCCCGUUUUAUUAGAUAUAAUAAAUGUAUUGUGCGAAAAUGUCAGUUACCCAUGUAUUGAAUUAAUAUCAUCCAAAGCAGCCCUCAGUCAUAAUUAUAUUUCAACUGGUUAUUAG